CGAGACGGGGGGGAAAGAGAAAGAGAUCUAUCUAUGUGCAUUCCCCCUCCAUCCUUGUUGCAUUCCGGACGAACAUCUCCUGCAGAUUUUGUACCAUGUUGCUUUGUGACCAAUGACCUUGCGCAGAGUUUUUUUUUUUUUUAAUAUACAGUAUAUUAAAGAAGAACUCUCCUCUCUGGGGAAGGACCUGAACAUUGGAGGCGAUCUCUUAAAGAUGGAUUUAGGCGCUAUCCUGACAACCAAAGGGGAUUUCUUGAGAACUGAUCUGUAAUUCAAGGCAGACGAAGCAAUCCUCCCAAAUAUCUAUACAUCUGUCGCAUCACUGGAGACUGGGCAUAUUUUUUUCCCUCUUUAUUUUGGGGCUAUUUUUACUCUUCCCCCCAUUCCAUCUUUAGCUAAGAGGAUUUGGAGGCUGCCUUGUCUUUUUCCUUUCCGCCGGACACCAGCGCUCUCUGAAUGAAGCAAUUUACAUUCCACCCGCCCUCCCACCCCUUCGUCGGCGUGUGUAUGCGGAGUGGAGGGGGGAGAGAGAAACAGAAGAGCUAAUUCCACGGCGCUGGCAAACGGCUAGAAAGAGGCAGGCAGGCAGGCAGAGAGGAAAGAGUGCGAAUUGAACUGGACUGGAGUAAAAAAGAAGGCGGCGGGGGAGGGGUUGGUUGCAUCAAAUCCCUCGUUGCUGCUGCUGCUCUUGCUUUUCUUGCAAACCUCGCAAAGUGAUUACAGUGCCAUCGGAGGGGGUGGAGGAGAAGGAGGAGGAAGAGGCGGAACUCCCCCCCCCUCCUUCGUCCUAUCUGCCGAGAUGAAUCUUUAAAAAAGCAAAAUACACUUGCCCGGUGAACUGUGAGUAUAGAGAGCAACUGCAAAAGGAAGGGGGAGAACGAGAGGUGGGGAAGAGCCGCCAGCCAACCCCAGAUCCCCUCCCUCCUCCUCCCCUUCACCCUUUUUUGCGCCAGAUGGGAUGAGACCCGAAGUUUUCUGCAGAAGCAGGAGGAUUUUAUAAUUGAUCACCACCCUCAUCACCUCCAUCCUCUCCCCCCCAGACAAACGCCGAGGCAUCUUCUUGUUGGCUUGCCAAGGGGGGCGUUUAUUGGCACGGGUGGGCAGAGGAAGGUGGUGGUGGUGGUGGGGUCUUUCAUUGGGUGCUCAAGAAGAUGUGGAAGAUGCGGACGCUCCUGGGCUUUGUGCAGUGUUGCUACUGCUGCUGCUGCUUCUUGCUCUUGCUGCCGCCUCCGCUUUGGGUCAGCCUGGCGGCGGCUAAACAAGUGCUGAGAUACCGGCUGGCCGAGGAAGGACCUGCCGACAUCCGCAUCGGCAACGUGGCUUCAGACCUGGGCAUCGUGACGGGCUCCGGCGAGGUGACGUUCAGCCUGGAGUCCGGCUCCGACUACCUGAAGAUCGACAACAUGACGGGCGAGCUGAGCACCACCGAGAGGCGCAUCGACCGCGAGAAGCUGCCGCAGUGCCAGAUGAUCUUCGACGAGAACGAGUGCUUCUUGGACUUCGAGGUGUCCGUGAUCGGCCCGUCGCAGAGCUGGGUGGACCUCUUCGAAGGCCGGGUCAUCAUCCUGGACAUCAACGACAACACUCCCACCUUCCCCUCCCCCGUGCUCACCCUCACCGUCGAGGAGAACCGCCCCGUGGGCACACUCUACCUGCUGCCCACUGCCACCGACAGAGACUUCGGGCGCAACGGCAUCGAGCGCUACGAGCUGCUCCAAGAGCCCGACGGGGGCCGACGGGGCGGGGGGAGUUCGGCUUCCGCCGCCUCCGACAGCGCUCUCUACCCCGGGGGCGGCAAGAGGAGGCAAGAGGCCGACGGCGGGGCCCGGAGCAGCGUGUUUGAGCUGCAGGUGGCGGACACCCCCGAUGGCGAGAAGCAGCCCCAGUUGAUCGUCAAAGGGGCGCUGGAUCGGGAGCAGCGGGACUCGUACGAGCUGACUCUGCGGGUGCGCGACGGCGGAGAUCCGGCACGCUCCUCGCAGGCCAUCUUGCGAGUGCUUAUCACCGACGUGAACGACAACAGCCCCCGCUUCGAAAAGAGCGUCUACGAGGCCGACCUGGCUGAGAACAGCAGCCCCGGCACCCCGAUCCUGCAGCUGAGGGCCGCGGACUCCGACGUCGGGGUGAACGGCCAGAUCGAGUACGUCUUCGGGGCAGCCACCGAGUCCGUGCGCCGCCUGCUGCGCCUCGACGAGUCGUCGGGCUGGCUCAGCGUGCUGCACCGCAUCGACCGCGAGGAAGUGAACCAGCUCCGCUUCACCGUCAUGGCCAGGGACCGCGGGCAGCCCCCCAAGACGGACAAGGCCACGGUGGUGCUCAACAUCCGCGACGAGAACGACAACGUGCCCACCAUCGACAUUCGUAAGAUCGGGCGCAUCCCGCUGCGCGACGGCGUGGCCAGCGUGGCUGAAGACGUCCUGGUGGACACCCCCAUCGCCCUGGUGCAAGUGUCCGACCGGGAUCAGGGCGAGAACGGCGUGGUGACCUGCACCGUGGUGGGCGACGUGCCUUUCCAGCUCAAGCCGGCCAGCGAGGGUGAAGGGGAGCCCCAGAACAAGCGCAAAUAUUUCCUGCACACCUCGGCGCCUCUGGACUACGAGGCCGUGCGAGACUACAACGUGGUCAUCGUGGCCGUGGACUCGGGCAGCCCCAGCCUGUCCAGCAACAACUCCCUGCUGGUGCGCGUCGGGGACACCAACGAUAACCCGCCCGUUUUCAGCCAGGCCGUGCUGGAGGUAUCCUUCCCGGAGAACAACGCUCCCGGAGAGCGCGUGGCCACGGUGAUAGCCACGGACGCCGACAGUGGCAAGAACGCCGAGAUUGCCUAUUCCCUGGAGCCUUCCCCGCUCUCCGCCGAGUCUCCCGGAGGCCUCUUUACCAUCGACCCCGAUUCUGGGGACGUGCGCGUCCAGGCCGUACUGGAUCGCGAGCAGAGGGACACCUAUGAGUUCCAGGUGACGGCCCGGGACAAAGGGGUGCCGUCGCUGCAGGGCUCCACCACGGUGGUGGUGCGCGUGGCCGACCGCAAUGACAACGAGCCGCGCUUCAUGCAGGACGUGUUCACCUUCUACGUCAAGGAGAACCUGCAGCCCAAUAGCCCUGUGGGCAUGGUGACAGUGAUGGACGCCGACAAGGGGCGCAACGCCCAGCUCAACCUCUCCAUACAGCCCGGGGACCAAGCGCAAGGCGCGCCGGGCAUCUUCUCCAUCGAGAACGACACGGGCACCAUCUACUCGACGGUCUCCUUCGACCGCGAGCUGCAGACCAGCUACACCUUCAAGGUAAAGGCCGUGGAUGGAGGAGAACCGGCCCGCUCGGCCACGGCCACCGUGUCGCUGUUCGUCAUGGAUGAGAACGACAACGCGCCCGUGGUCACCUCUCCGGCCAACAGCUCCUACACGGUGCUGCCGCCGUCCAGCAACGUGCGCUCCGUGGUGACCACGGUGCAGGCCAAAGAUGCGGACGCUGGCCAGAACGCAGAGUUGAGCUAUAGCAUCGUGGGAGGCAACCCGUUCAAGCUGUUCGAGAUCGACCCGUCGAGCGGCGUCGUGUCUCUGGUGGGCAAGCUGGCGCCCAAGCACUACGGCCUGCACCGCCUGGUGGUGCAGGUUAACGACAGCGGGCAGCCUCCGCAGUCCACCACGGCGCUGCUGCACGUCUUCGUCAACGAGAGCCUGGCCAACGCCACCGUCGUGGAGAGCCAAGUGGCGCGCAGCCUGCACACUCCGCUGGCGCACGACAUCGCCGGCGACCCCAGCUACGAGUUAAGCAAGCAGCGCCUCAGCAUCGUCGUGGGCGUGGUGGCCGGCAUCAUGACUGUGGUCCUGCUCAUCCUGGUGGUCGUCAUGGCGCGCUACUGCCGCUCCAAGGGCAAGCACGGCGGCUACGAGGCCGGCAAGAAGGACCACGAGGACUUCUUCACGCCGCAGCAGCACGACAAGGCCAAGAAGCCCAAGAAGGACAAGAAAGGCAAGAAGCAAGGCAAGCAACCCCUCUACAGCAGCAUCGUCACGGUCGAGGCUUCCAAGCCUAAUGGGCAGCGCUACGACGGCGUCAACGAGAAGCUGUCCGGGGACAGCCCCAGCAUGAGCCGCUACCGCUCCGUCAACGGUGGGCCCGGCAGCCCGGAUCUGGCCAGGCAUUACAAAUCCAGCUCGCCUUUGCCCACGGUGCAGCUGCACCCGCAGUCCCCCACCGCCGGGAAAAAACACCAGGCCGUCCAGGAACUGCCCCCGGCCAACACCUUCGUAGGCGCUGGGGACAACAUCUCCAUCGGCUCGGACCACUGCUCCGAGUACAGCUGUCAAGCCAGUAGCAAGUACAGCAAGCAGCCAUUUCGUAGAGUGACGUUUUCAGUUGUGAGUCAGCCUCAGGACCCACAUCAAGGGUCAUUGCAGAGUUGCUAUGACAGCGGUCUGGAGGAGUCAGAAACACCAAGCAGUAAGAGUUCUUCAGGGCCGCGGCUGGGUGCCCUUCCACUCCCAGAGGACAACUACGAAAGGACUACGCCGGAUGGCAGUGUUGGUGAGGCAGAGCAUAUGGAAAAUGAUUCAAGACCUUUACCAGAUGUAGCCCUGACUGGGAAGUGCACUCGGGAAUGUGAUGAAUACGGCCAUUCAGACUCGUGCUGGAUGCCUGUCCGCACUUCACCCGAAAGGAAGCAGAAGAGCCAGCCAAAACUCUCCACUUUCAUGCCUGUUGAUGAACGGGGCAGUCAAGAGAAGCUGGCCAAUGGAGAAGCCUCCCUGAUGGGUGACCGCAACAGAAACCUCCUUAAUAAAAAGUUGACCUCAUCCUAUGAGACCUUCAGUGCAGCUAGUUUCAGCAAAAGCGAGGAAGCCAACCCAGAGGAUAUUCCCCUCACACAUACAGGGGAAUACAAGCCAUCUCCUGUCAACACUUUAACUAGAAGAGAAGUUUACCUUUAGGCGACAAAGCAGCAACAAUACAGUUCUCUCAUGUAUUGGAAGGGGAUAAAAGGCAAAAAAAACACACACCUAUGAAUCAAAAUGAUUUUAACUCAAAAAUAAAGGAAAGUCCAUUGAAAAAGAGGGGGCUACCAAAGAGACAAGAGCUUGGCCUGCCACUUCUGCCUCCAUGCCAGGCAUUUGCGUAUCCUGUCUGCCUGACUAUACUGUACAAUGUAGAAACCAUUGUUGUUCCUGCAUGCCUAAUCCCCUGCUCACCAAUCUUUAUUUUCCUAAAUUUAUGGUUGUAAAUUCCUUUCAAGGUAACAAGUCUGAAAUUGAAAAGAACUACAGGAACUGUUGUCUCCCAUCCCUUCCCUGCCCCCCACUGCUGAAGCAUUGCUUAAGUCACUCUGGUUAUGAUUUGGUGGUUAACUGGCUUGUUUGCAAGUCGAGGGGUGUGUGUGAGAAUUAUUACAUACGCAUAAUUUUCCCAGAAUACCACCUGAAUAUUGCUGGUUUCCAUCAGAGAGAUAUGCCUCCAGAAACCAUUCAAAAUUAAACAUAUAAAGGGAUGGUUUUUCUUUUUCUUUUAAAGAAGCACUUUUUGAAGAUCUCGGCUUUAAUCCUGUUGUGUGGCUGGAAAGAGCAGAAAACAUAUUCGGUCUGAGAUUAUAAUCCAAAAUAUGACAUGUUUCCCUAUAAUCAUGAACUGUUCAGUUUUAUCCAUAACUACUAUCUCUGCCUGUGCUUUCAUACUCUCUGACAUUAUCCUCCUCCUCUUUCUCCUCCUCUCUUUCUGUGGCAUUUUAAACUUCAGCAUAUAUAUAUGGUGGUAUAUCAUGGCAUCCUAAGGAUAAACUGCUACACUGGUGUCAUUUUUACAAGACCGGCAUUUAGCUUGGAUGACCACAGUAACUAAAAGGCCAAAGAGGAAAAAAAAAAAAACAAAACUGUGGAUCAGGAGAAUUGCUCAUCCGUCUUGGGCUUAGGAAAUCUGACACAGACGCACACAAACACGCAAGCGUAUUUUCCCACACACAUUUUGCACAGCAAUCUAUGCCGCAACCCAGAUGACGUAGCCGUUUCAAAAUGGAUUUUAGCUGAAUCCCCGGAGGAACUGGUGACACGAGCUAGCUGGUGACAGCAUGGAACAUCAUAACCUACAUAGAGUAACAAGAUGGUCCCGUUCCAGGGUUCGUUUUCCUUAGAAGGUUUCAUAUCCAUUCAGGAUGAGCUCCAAAAACACGUUGAGAGGGAAAUCUGAAAAAAAAAGAGCAGUGGGAAGAACAUGCUUCAAGUCAAGUUUGGCAUCGUCUUUGUUGAGAGUGGAUGCUAAACCUUCGAUUAUCAGUGUUCCAGGUUAAUCAUUUGCUCUUGGCAAAGGUAUUAUGCAGGUUUUCUUAAUACACAAGUGCAUUUAAGCUGAGUCCUGUGCAAUAUAAAACCAAUGUUGAGACUCAAGGCGACUGGUAGUCUUGAGUGAUGUCACCUCCGACAUGCUCUGUGCAAAAACAAGUUUUGCUUGUGACAAGCUUCAAAAAAAAAUAAAAAUUAAAAAAUCCAAACCUGAUCGUGAUGGUGCAGAGCUGAUGGGCUGUGACAGUUCUGAUAGUUUGCACUAUAUAUAAAGUGGAUAGGAAAAUGGACCAGAUAUAUUUUGUGCAAUAAGGAGUUACAGAGUGUGUAGAAUCUGAGCUAGUUCUGUAUUGAUAAUGUUGUAGUAAUAAAGAAUGGCUGAGCUUGGACAUUCGAAUCAAACUGACAAUCGGUCAAUGCAGUGGGGACAGCUUGAGAAGGGGUGCAAAGACAGAAACCAGCCCCUCUGGUUGUUUAACUUGGCAUUAAAGCAUGACUAGAUGGUUCUAGUAGAUUGUAGUGACAAGAUAGCUUGGUUAGUUUCUUGCUUUAAAAAAAAAUGACAUAGGGUAUAAUAUUAAACAGUCUGAAAUGUGAGCUGAACAACUGGUACAAACUCAUCACAACUUUUGUCUUUUCAAGUUUCUAUAGCAAAGUGCCCUUUUUAUUGUACAUCUUCCUUACUUUUUUGUAUUUUAUUUCGAAAUUAGUUUUUUUGUGUAGCAGUUACAAAUGGGCACAUAUUAUAAAAGGG